ACAAGCGCCCUUCGUUCGCGACAGACCUUCUUUUCAACGCUCUUGCGCGUCAUAGUUUCCCCUUUCUGUUGCGAAUAAAUUUUGCAUCGAAGCAAGAUGUCUUCGCACAGAAAAAAUACACUUGUCGUGGACUUCGGUGUUUUACCGAAGAGACCCGGCUUGCAACAAGUGGAAAAAUUCCUAAAGGAAUUCGUCAAAGUGGACCUGGCUGAUGUGAGGAACAUCCAGCUGCACAACAUCAAGAACUGUUUGUUCAUUGAGAUGAACAAUGCAGGUGUAGCCCCACGGCUACAGAAGCAACACCACCUCCAGCACUAUUUCACGAUCGAGGGAACCAGAUAUUACAUUCCAGUAUACGUGGAUGGCCCCACUACUACCGUCCGGGUUCAUGAUCUUCCACCUCAAAUGGACAACGAUGUCAUCUCAGACCACUUGCAGCAAUACGGGAAAGUGAUCUCCAUACAAAAUGAAGUAUGGAAGAAUUAUUUCUCGGGAAUACCGAACGGCGUGAGAGUUGUUCGUAUGCGGUUGGAUAAGCCAAUACCAUCGCAUAUUGUGGUAAACAGCCACGGCACAUACGUAAGUUGUGCGAACAAAAACAAUCAAACGACGGCCCGCGGCAGCAAGAAGCAGCAACAAAGAACACCAUCCAGCUUGGAUAAUGCACACGAUACCGACAAGACCGACAACGAUAUCGACGAAAACGAACCACCGGCCGUGGCGACUCAAAUUGAAAACGACGAUGACCAUAGCGACGACGAGAUUGUCAACAACAACGACCACGAAUGGAAUAAUCAGAACGAUGCAGCGGUAGAUAAUACCGAUUAUGAUUCAACGAAGCGGCGGUUGUCAACCGAGUCGAAUGGCACGAAGGAAGGAAAUGCAGCAAAACGGUCAUGUAAUCCGGGCACCCAGAAAACCGAUUCGGAGUGGAAAAUGAUCACUAGAUCGAAGAAAAAGUGACGUUGUAAAUAUUGAAAUUGUAAUUAAAGUCAUAUUAAAUGGCACGACACGAAUGCACCUUCGGUGUAAAGUGUCGCUAAUUAAAGCAAAAAAAAAAA